GUCAAAUCAAAACUGAAAGUAACUGCUGUUCUGUCACUUAGUUACAAGAUAUAUAAGGUGUUUCUUAGAAACAGAGAGCGGAAUCAUCACAGACCGUCAGACUGAUUUGCAGUAACUACAAGAUUGUGUGUAGACCAAGGAUUUCCUAGGAUGUGGCUUGUUAAAAAGUUCCAGAAACAACCCCCUCCCCCAUCUCCAGUAGAGUAUGCCACACCAUGGAGGUCAGUGAACUGGAGGGAGGAGAGUAAGGAAAACAUACUGAGAACACUAAAAAAUGUUCAGCCUGGGAACUCAGAGGUUAACACUCUCAGAAUUCUUGUGCAUGGACCAGUAGGGGCUGGGAAAUCAAGCUUCUUUGACUCUGUGAAUAGUUCUGUCCAGGGCCGCAUUACUACCAGAGCCCUGUCACAUGUAGAAACAGAUCAAAGUAGAAGUUUCACACUGGCGUGCAAAACUUACAAAAUCAAGAAGGACAUGACCAGUUUCUUCCCUUUCACACUAACUGAUAUCAGGGGUUUGGACAGAAAUGGUAGGGGAGGGAUACAGACGGAUGACAUCAUAAAAGUAUUGAAUGGUCACAUCAAAGAUGGUUACUUUUUUAACCCAGAUAGACCAAUUACAGAAGAUGACGAAAAGUACAACAGGACUGGGUGUCUGAAUGAAAAGAUUCAUUGUCUGGUGGCUGUUCUUCCAGCUAACAAUUCUACUAUAGCAGAUGAGGAUGUCAUGAGACAAAUAAGAGAAGUUCGGGAGGCUGCAGGACGUUUGGGCAUUCCUCAAGCCAUAAUCAUGACCAAGGUCGAUGCAGCAUGUCCACUGGUUAAAGAAGACCUUGAGAAGGUCUACACAAGCAAGAAAAUAAAAAAGAAGUUUGCUUUCACAGAUGGAGGAGUGUUCUCUCAAUCUAGGAGUUCCUGUGAAAUGCAUCUUCCCUGUAAAGAACUACCAUGAGGAACAUGCAGUUGACACAAAAAUGGAUGUUCUGAUUUUAGAUGCAUUAUUAAAUAUUGUUAACUUUGCCAAUGAUUACGUGGAGGACCAGGUAGACAGUGAUUAAAUACUCUCCUAUAAUAGGCUGAAUUCUGAGUCCCAGGUUAUGUGUGAUAUUUUCCAAAAUUACGAGGGGAUAGGAGAUGGGUUUUCAAACCAAUAUUACUUAUUUGUAGUUUUAUCAAUAACCAUUGCAUACAAUAAAAUAACUAUGCUUUAACAAACUUUACAUAAUAUAGACAACUGUCUGAUAGUAUUGUGAAUCUCUAUCAUCCUACAUAGUGUCUGCUGUUAAUAGUGUUAUAUUUGUUUAACAAUACAUUAUCAUAUUCAUCUUAACUAAAGACAAAUAUAUUUACAUAUCAUGAGGUUUUAAUCACAGCUAUGUAGACCAUAAUCAGGACAGAGAGAUCAUGUUUUACGUUAACAAUAGUUUCAUUUUGUGAGACACCUAUUAAACUUCAUCUAUUUCUUUUUAAUUAUCUAACUUUUCAGUGUCAGGAAAUAUUUUAGUGUACCAGUGUAUUACAAUACAUUAUACUUUUACUCUAUACACCUCUUAAAAACAUCAAUAAAGAUAGACAUUCA